AUGGCAGACUCCAAAUCAAAGGGCCCGGUAACAACACAAACCAACCCCCGCGGUAUCCCCGUUGCGCCUUUUGUCGACGAUGUAUCCGAAUACGUCUCCAACCGCGCAGAGGUUGAGCAAACCCUCCGCCGGUUCCAGGAGAUGAUCUCCAAAUACCAGUAUAUGGAGGUGAAUACCCAGCGCCGGGGCCAGGGACUCCGCGACAAGAUCCCAGAUAUCAAGAAGACAUUGGAGAUGGUACAAUUUCUGAAGCUGCGCAAGGAUGCAAACACAGAGACAGACCUCGAAACAAACUUUGAACUCAACGAUACCCUCUACGCACGCGCUUCAAUCUCCCCAGCCAACACAGAGGAAGUCUACCUCUGGCUUGGAGCUAAUGUUAUGCUCGCUUACCCGCUCGAUGAGGCACAGUCAAUGCUGCAGGAGAAGCUUUCGGCUGCGGAGUCAAGUUUGUCUAAUUGCGAGGAAGAUCUGGAGUUCCUGCGCGAGCAGAUUACCACAUUGGAGGUUGCUACAGCACGUGUUUAUAACUGGGAUGUGGUGCAACGGCGCAAAGAUAAGACCGAAGGGAAAGGAGACGAUGAAGAGAAGCCGCGACCUGGUUAA